AUGGGUAUCAAUAAUCCAAUUCCUAGAAGUUUGAAAAGCGAAUCCAAGAAAGCUGCUAAAAUUUUAUCAUCUUUUAUCAAACCAAACCAAAUUGCAGGUCCAGAACAAGUUAUCCCUCCAAGAAUUUUAAAGAAUGCUAAAGGGUUAGCUAUCAUUACUGUUUUCAAAGCAGGGUUUUUAUUCUCUGGUAGAGCAGGUUCCGGGGUUAUUGUUGCUCGUUUACCAGAUGGUUCUUGGUCAGCCCCUUCAGCAAUUGUCACUGCUGGUGCAGGUGUCGGGGGUCAAAUUGGUGCCGAAUUAACCGAUUUUGUUUUUGUUUUAAAUACCAAAUCUGCCGUGGACACUUUUGCUCAAUUGGGUUCUGUUACCUUGGGUACUAAUGUUUCUGUUGCUGCUGGUCCUUUGGGUAGAAGUGCCGAAGCUGCAGGUACUGCGACUGUUGGUAGCGUUUCAGCUGUUUUUGCAUAUUCUAAAACCAAGGGUUUAUUUGCUGGUGUUUCUUUAGAAGGUUCUGCAAUUAUGGAAAGAAGAGAAGCCAACAGAAAAUUCUAUGGUAAUAACUGUAAAGCAAGAAACAUUUUAGCUGGUCAGGUUGAUAUACCACCAGCAUGUGAAUCAUUGAUGAGAGUUUUGGAUUCAAGAGUCUUUAGCAACAGAUUGCCAUACGAUGACGAUGAUUUCUAUAAUGAUAGUUACUAUGAUGAUAUUCCAGAUGACUUUUCCGAUUCAACAUCAGAAUAUGGCUCACGUAGAAGUCGUCGCGGAACUGUCUCUUCAUCAAGAAGAAGAGGAGCAAGAAGAGAUUCAGAUGAUUACUAUUCCGAUGAAGAUGACUAUUCGGAUGAUGAUGAUUACAUGGCAUCCACCAGAGCAAGAAGGUCGUCUACAAGAGGUACAUCGACAGGUGGAAGUUCUAGACGACAAGCAUCUUCAUCCACUUGGGAAGAUGAUGUUUAUGAUAAUUAUAAUGGCAAUAGCCCUAAUAAUAGAAAUAGAUCAAGAGGUAAUAGUGAUGUGGAUAGAUUGGGUACAAGAUUAGGUAACUCAAGAAUAUCGCCAAGAAGAGCAGAUUCAGGUGCUCCAUCAAGACCACCUGUUGCUUCCAAGCCUAAUUUUGGAGGAGCUCCAAAGACAAAUGCUACACAGGCUAUAGCUUUAUAUACAUUCAAAGGAGAACAAAAUGGGGACUUACCAUUCAAGAAAGGAGAUGUUAUUGAUAUUCUUAAAAGGACAGAGACUGUUGAUGACUGGUGGACCGGUAGAAACAAUGGGGUUACUGGUAUUUUCCCAGCAAAUUAUGUUGAAUUGAUUUAG